AUGUCGACAACUGCAAGUAUUGCUUCCAAUUAUCCUACUCACUCUCAAACCAGCGCUCAAAAGUCCCCCUCGACAUUCGAAUUCACAAAACGAAAGCGAUGGGCAGAUCUACUCGCAGCAGAACUCGUCGACGCUGUCACUUUUAUUCUGUCACCAACUAGCAAAAUCCUAUACUGUGGAGCAUCCGUCACUGAGCUGCUGGGCUGGAGGAGUAGCGAUCUCAUCGACUGUGAUUUCACAGAUUUCAUCAGAUAUGCAGAACAAGACGACUUCUUGCGUAAUUUCAGGCAUUGUCUCAAGGCAAACUUCGAAUUCCUUCUCCAAGUUCACUUGCGAUGCAGAGAAUCUCUGCCUGCUUUGCCCUCGACACCCAGAGAAGUCCUCUUCGAACUGAAAGGCUACUCGCACUACAUACUCGAGCACGGAACGGACUGUACUUGCGUCUUGAUGGUGGCCAAGCCGCUGAUAAGUCGGAACACAGCCACGUUGAGAACUUAUAUAGAGCUGACGGUGGAAAAUGAACGGCUAAAGUCAAAGGUGGAGGGGUUAAAAAGCAUCGUUGCAUCCCAGCCUGCAUUACCCGAGCCUCCAUCGAGCACAGUGAAUUCGAUGUACGCAACGUCCAUGAUGGGCCCGCCGAUGGUACCCCCAACUUCUGUGGAUCCUCCCACUUCGUAUUACAUUGCGUCGAAUCUGUCCACCUCUACAUUGGGCGACACAAAAGGCACAAAGGAUUACAGCGCCGAUAGCUUGCACGACUCUGAGUCUAUCCCAACCAGCAGCAGCACAGACGAUGAUGUAGGAGAUGGUGCGAAGAGGAAGAAGCUCAAGAAAGGCCUUGGGGCGGAACAAUACGUUUGCAUCACAUGUGGACGCACUGACUCGCCUGAAUGGCGCAAGGGACCUCUCGGUCCCAAAACCCUUUGCAAUGCAUGUGGGCUAAGGUGGGCAAAGCAGGUACGGAAGGUAGAUGAGCCAGGGGAUGGGUCAGCGGCGUCUUGUUGA